AUGCAGGUGACUGGACGCUCCUUUACAAUUUCACUGUCUCCAGCUAUCCUGCUGAUUUUUCUCAUAGGUCAGAGGAAAACCGAAGCUGCGAGAUGGCGACAACCUUUCGAUUCCAGCACCAGUUUCCCGAAAUCCCAAGCGAGCGCUCUGGAUUUAAUUCAGCUGCAACAUGCGAAACCCGAAAAUACAACCACUAAAUCACUUCAUUCCGGCGAGAUGCAUCCUCUUGUUCUGGAACCACAGGAUCGAACAUUCGAUGAAUUUAUGGAUUUUCAAUUAGUCAGCGUGAAGCAUGAUCACUCAUAUCCAUCGCCGGCCUACGAUAUCCACACGUCACCACCACUGUCAUCAUCAGCAGCAUCAUUAUCACUUAGUCAGUCUUCUGUUUCUUGUGGCAUCCCUCCUUUACAUCAUCAGCACAACCCAGAAGAACAGCCAUGGAGGAUACUGGAGCAGUUUGCUACUCUUCACUUCAAAUUCCCCGCUCUUCCUGGCUCCAGCUUUUCCGAUUCUUCUGAUUCUUAUAGCAGCCAAACUCAGUUACAAGAGCACAGCGUUUUUGGUGACAAGGUUGAUCAGCUUUAUAAACCACCAUUUAUGGUACCAUCAGCAGCAGCGGAGGGACGUGCUGAGAUCGCGGAAAAUCGCCCAACUUUCUCACCAGCAUCGGCAAGCGCCGUUAAAUUGCAUCUGCCCGUUGCACAUACCGAUGGCACAUUCACUAAUAAACGGUCAACGAUCCUCAAACUAUUGCGAAAGAAGUUCCUUUUGAAAAAGAGGAAGCCUCCGAUAUUUCACAAAGUUACAUUUGCGGAUGCACAGUCUACGCAGGCACAGAGCAAAGUGAAUCUUGAAUGCAAACGUGUAAGUGAAAGUGUCCCGUAUGUCCAAAAACGUUGUUUACAAACAAAAUCUCCUGAAUUACAUUGA